AUGGGCUCACUCUCUACUCCCUCACCGUUAUUUUCCGGCAAAAAGUUCGCAACAAAUGCUCACAACUACGUACCGAAAACGAGAUUUCCAAAUUCGUCACAUGAUGUUUCACAAGUAAUAAUACAUUCCCGGAAAGGUUCUUUCAAAGGCAACAGCUCCAUUAGAAACGCCCAUGUGGCGGUCGCCUGCGGUGGCAAAGACUCGGUGCCGCCACGAGGGGAGCACGGAGCGCUCGAAACGGUGCUUAAACUUUACGAAGCAAUCAAGAAUAAAAAUGUGUACGGUAUCUCUGAUAUUAUAUCGGAAGAAUGCUUGUGCGUUUCAAACUUCGUUUCUGCAUUCCAGCCCUUGCUCGGUAAGAAGCAAGUGUUGGAUUUCUUCUGUUUGCUGAUGAAAACCUUGGGGAAUAAUAUCGAAUUUGUGGUGGAACAAACUUCGGACGACGGAAUGGUGGUUGCUGUAUCCUGGAAACUAGAAUGGAAUAAGGUUCCGUUGCCACUGGGAAAAGGGUUCAGCUUCUACAUGUGCCAUAUUUACCGGGGAAAAGUGAUGAUCAAAAACGUAGAGAUUUUCAUGGAGCCAAUCAUCCACAUUGAACCCCUGAGAUUGGUUUGCCUCCACACUCCAGUAAAGCUUCCAUUUAUAUUAAUUUUAAAUUUUAUUUUUAAUGAAAAUAACGAGUGA